AUGGUAUCGCAGGCCAGCUCGAGUAGUGACGAUUGGCAGCUCUCAGGGAAUCCGCCAAAUUCGUCCAGAACCCAGCGGUCUGGCUUGUUUGCUGUCAUCAAAGCCUUUGCUUGGCUUUUUUCUCUUGUGCUAAUUGCUGCAAGCGCCCUCGCGGGGAUAUACGGAUACCUUUAUUGCACAAAGUACCAGCGUGAACCUCAUCUUUACCGCCAAGUCACUCUUGCACCUUCUAAAAACAAGAUACUUGCCUCAAGAUGGUACUUUCCAGCGCCACAUAGCGUCACGACUGCUACACUCUAUGCGACAACCAUUCUAGUACCUUCGCCUCCUGUGACGCGGGCUGCGACCCCAACUUCAACGGAUUCAACAGUGCCAAAAGAUUUGAACAUGCUUGAAGAGCCCAAGCGCGUCAUCACUUUGUACCCCUCUGGCUGGCAUACUAUCGAUCUAAUAUCAUCGACUGUCUACACAGCCGCUCCCGUGUCUACAGCGGCUCUUAGCGAAGUUACCAAAGAUGUCGCAUACUCUGAACAUGAGAGCUCAUCAAACAAUGAAGCAGCGAGAACAUAUGUUCAGGAUCUCGUAUAUGCUGUUCAGAAGAGCCAGAAUAAGCUUGUCGAGCGCCAUGCAUUGCCUUGCGACUACCAUGGAGAUGACAUCGAGCUACCACUCUCUGUGCCAUGGACAGAUGAGUCUCUUUCGAAGCUCCAGGCAGGUAUCUGCUCUCCUUCGUACCCGACACCAAAACACCACAAGCUGCUACCUCUCGCUGUUUGGAUUCGGAUGAAUGAGGGUCAAAACGCUACUACGGACAGUAAAACCCUGGAAAAUAGAUUCCAAGCCUUGGUUAAGGAUAUCGACAGGGAGUAUAAAAGUGAAAAAUACUCGCGUAGUGCCACUGGGAUCGUGUUGUUCCUCACAUCUCUGCUUUGUGCGCUCCUUGCUAUCGGGUUACCAGUGCUUGCUCACUCGAAAGCGCGAGCUUCGACUGUCCGAACGCCUAAAAGGCCAUACAACAACGAGCCAAAGCCACGCAAGCGUUCUACUACUCUUUUCACUCCAAAACCACAAUCAACGCGUCCAGAUGUUGUUAUCCAGAUUCCUCAGGCACAAGCAGCUUCUGAAAAUCCUACAUCUCGACGGGGAACCGGCGCGCCGGAAACAGCUCACACAAGUCGCCAAGCUACACGGGAGGAGGCUCCACCGCAGCUGGUGACUUCAGUUAAUGUGGCUUCCGAUCCCACUCCCGCAUCUCGACGGGAAACUGCUGCACCAGAAUCAGUUCACAUAACGCGUCAAGCAACAUCGGAGCAGGCUCCCAACUUCAUAGCAUCUGGUGCUGAUGAAAUCCCAGCUGCUAAAUCAAAACCAGAGACUCCUCCGUCCCCGGAAACGAAUUAA